AUGUGUCGCGCAACCACCACGUACUGCUGCAUCUGCGGAUGUCCCUUCAGCUCGCUGGACGUCGAUCCAGACGCGAGAGGGUCGCCGUACUCAUAUGAUGCUUCAGUCAUCUCGUCAGAAGACACGGAUUGGUUGCGCCAAUGCACCGCGGUCGACCAGAACACCUUCGUCGCCGACGAGGACGGGGACCGGAGAAAAGUCGAGGGCAUUGAUUCCCUCGUGCAGGCAAUCGAGCAGAUUGAGAGCUCAAGACAAAAAACCAUCAACAAGUUCCUGAGAGGGGGCGAGCUCAACGGACCGGUUUACGGCAUGCACAGCACAUGCAUGGCCAUCGCCGAACGCGUGCGCCGCCACAGCUUCUUCCGCUGCGCCCACCCGGAAGCCUCGACGAACUCGGUCCUGCACCACUUCUACCUCUCCCUCAAGCGGCUGCACUACCGCAUCGCCAGCCACUCGCACAGCGUGAGAUGGGAGCACGGCUACUACGGCGCCGCACGCUUCUGGCGCAACUUCUGGGGCCAGGAACGCGGAUGGGAGUGGCUCUGCGCCGACCCCGCCAACAUCCCCAACCUGACGGAAUGGGUCCUCUCCCAGCUCCGCCCGGUAUCGGACGACGACGCCGACGACGAGUCGACAUCGACAUCACCAGUACCAUCGGCAUACCACGUUGACGACGACAACGCGAAAGAGUACCCGCGCCCCUCCCUGGACGGCAUGCCGAUCGACGUGCUGCAACGCAUCACAUCCUUCCUGCCGGCAUGCUCGACGCUGCGGCUGCGGCGCUGCAGCAAGCCGCUCGCCAACCGCAUCGAGCUGCGGCAGUCCUUCUGGCGCGACGCCCUCGUCGCCGGCGAGCUCGUCCCCUUCCUCUGGGACCUCGACGCCGACCAGUGCCGGCAGAAGGACCGGGACGCGGCGGCGGCCGCCGGCGCCGCAGAAGAAAAAGGAAAAGAAGACGGAGAAGAAGAAGAAGACGUGCGGCGGCCAUUAUUAUACGACUGGCGCUCGCUGGCGCGCGGGCUGCGCGCGCACAAGUUCGUGCAGGCGGCGCUGCGGGGCAGCCUGCAUCCAGAUGAGGCGCGGCGGCCGGCCGAGGGGUACGGGAUCGGGUACCUGGACUUCUACCGGUCAGUGGCGGCGCAGGGCGCGGGGUUCGCGAACGACGCGCCCGUCGGGCUGCUGAACCGGUGCCGCAUCGCGCAGGUGGUGGACGACGUCGAGCGCAUCGAGGAGGACGAGCUGAUGCACGACUGCCACGUGCCGCUGAGCGACGAGGAGGAGGUGUAUGCGGCCAUGUGGAUCAUGCGGGUGGCGCGGCCCGAGGCGUUUGACGAGUAUCGCGUCAGGCGGUCGUUGGAGCUGUAUGGCGAUUUGAGUGAGGCGUUGGAGAGCAGGCCGCCGCCGAGGAUGAUGUGUCGGCUUUGA